UGUUCUUGUACCGCCCACUUGCCCUUGAGAAAGGUAAAUUUCGUUUCUCGUCCUAUGAAAGAGUCGUCUUCCUCUCUUUUCCCGUAUAUACCUGCUACUUCUGGUUCCUGUCUAUCGUCAGACGUCCCAUCCUCUGUCUGAGUCCUUCAUACGCGAAAAUAUUGGUGUGAUCGCAACUGAUGAACAAAAAAAAAGAACCUGUGUUUCUUGGUCAUCAUUACUUUCUGACGUGUCAUUGCUUGUUUUAUUGCCACGGUGUUGAUCCUUUCCCUUUUUACUUUUCUAUACUCUCCCUAUUGAUCUAUAAUUCCAAAGAUGUGCUACGCCUCAUAGAAUCUUCCUUUUUCUUCUUCUUUUUCCUUCUUUUUAUUAUCAUUUCAUCAUUCACUUCAUCACUUUCUUAACAAUCAUCUUGUGUGAGGAGGAUUCUGGAUACACGGAGGAAAAGGAAUACCAAAAAUACGUGCAUGUCAUUCGGGACCAGAGAGAGAAUGAGAAACUUUCAUUGUGGUCGCGCCUACGUCCUUACUAAACUUUCGGUGAUAUCCCUUCUUUUACCCCUCUCCAGUUCUUAUAUACAACAAUGUCUGCUGCCGACCACACCGACGAUCUUAUCGAUUACGAUGAAGAAGAGGAACAUAUUGUUCAACCCAAGACAACCCACAACGAGCCGGAAACAACCGGUGCAGAUGACGAGUCAAAGAAGGACAAGAAAGGUUCCUAUGUUGGUAUUCAUUCUACUGGUUUCCGUGAUUUCUUGCUGAAGCCUGAAUUGUUGAGAAGUAUUGUUGACUGUGGUUUCGAGCAUCCAUCUGAAGUUCAGCAAGAGUGCAUUCCUCAGUCUAUCCUCGGCAUGGAUGUAAUUUGCCAGGCUAAGUCUGGUAUGGGUAAGACUGCUGUGUUUGUGCUGGCCACCCUCCAGCAGAUUGAACCCGUCGACGGUGACGUAUCUGUUGUUGUCCUCUGCCACACCCGUGAGUUGGCUUUCCAGAUCAAGAACGAGUACGCACGUUUCUCAAAGUAUCUCCCCGAGAUCCGCACCGAAGUGUUUUACGGAGGUGUACCUAUGACCAAGGAUGUAGAAACCCUGAAAGAUAAGACCAAGUGCCCUCACAUCCUCGUCGGUACUCCUGGCCGUGUACUUGCCCUUGUGCGUGACAAGUAUCUCAAGCUGGGAAAUGUUAAGCAUUUCGUCCUCGAUGAAUGUGACAAAAUGCUUGAGCAGUUGGAUAUGCGUAGAGAUGUUCAGGAUAUCUUCAGAUCUACCCCCCACCACAAGCAAGUCAUGAUGUUCUCUGCUACUCUUGCAAAAGAGAUGCGCCCAGUGUGCAAGAAGUUUAUGCAGAACCCUCUUGAGAUUUAUGUCGAUGACGAAGCCAAGUUGACUCUCCACGGUCUCCAGCAGUUUUAUAUCAAAAUGGAUGAGCGUGAGAAAAACCGAAAACUCAAUGAGCUUCUUGAUACUCUCGAGUUCAACCAGGUCUGCAUCUUUGUGCGGUCCGUUCCUCGCGCCAAUGAACUUAACCGUAUUUUGACUGACUGCAACUUCCCCAGUAUCUGUAUUCAUUCCCAGAUGAGCCAAGACGAGCGUAUCAAGCGUUACAAGUCAUUCAAGGACUUUGAGAAGCGUAUUAUGGUAGCUACUGAUAUCUUCGGUCGUGGUAUUGAUAUCGAACGUGUCAAUAUUGUUAUAAACUAUGACAUGCCCGACAGCGCCGAUACUUACCUUCAUCGCGUGGGUCGUGCUGGUCGUUUUGGUACCAAGGGUCUUGGCAUCACCUUUGUAUCGGAUGACAAGGAUUCAGAGAUCCUCAAUGCUGUCCAGAGUCGCUUCGAGAUCAACAUUGUGCCAUUGCCCGAAGACAUCGACAUCAAUACCUACAUGACUUCUUAAACAAAGUGCAAUCGUCUUUCAAAUAAAUAAGUUUGGUCCAUCUUUGUGUUCUAUUUGAUUACAGCUUUCAAAUAAUUUUUGAUUAUAAAAAUAGAAAUAAAACUACUUGUACAUGUCGACCGAAAGUGUCUGCUGUAUUUUGAAUAACCAC